ACCUCUGCGGUGACCGCCUGGUGGCGGCCUUGACCCCCCCCACCCCCACCCCAAGCCGGAGACUGAAGCCAGGGUGCUCGCGCUGAGUGACAGCCCCAGCAUUUUAAAUUUUAUUUUGAGAUAGUGUCUAAGUCGCCCAGGCUGGGCUUGAUCUUAGGCUCUUUAUGCCUCGUCUCCCCAGAGUGCUGGGAUUACAGUCUCCAGAUAUCUGUUUAGCAAACUUGGCUAAAAGAAAUACUAUUGAUGACUACCUUGGGGACAUAUAUAUUGCACACCUUACACUGACAAGAGCAGAGAGGUAGAUCCUAAAUGUGGUGCCAUUGCCCAGUGAUAUAUUUCAUCCUAAGUAUUGGAAGUAUUCAUGGUGUCUUUGGACAUCAAAACCCUGAAGCAAAUAUGAAUAUUAGCCAAAUAAUUUCCUACUGGGGCUAUCCUGAUGAAGAGUAUAAUAUUGUGACUGAAGAUGGCUAUAUCCUUUGCCUUUAUAGAAUUCCUUACGGGAAGACAAACAAUAAUAAUUCAGCAAGGAGGCUUGUUGUGUACUUGCAACAUGGUUUGCUUGCAUCUGCCAGCAACUGGAUUUCCAAUCUUCCCAACAACAGCCUGGGCUUCGUCCUGGCAGAUGCUGGUUAUGAUGUGUGGAUGGGGAACAGCAGAGGAAACACCUGGUCUCGGAAGCACGUGUACUUAGAAACAGAUUCUCAAGAAUUCUGGGCUUUCAGUUUCGAUGAGAUGGCUAAAUAUGACCUUCCAGCUUCAAUUGAUUUCAUUGUGAAACAAACUGGACAAAAAGAAAUAUUUUAUGUAGGCCAUUCACAGGGCACUACUAUUGCUUUUAUAGCAUUUUCUACGAUUCCAAAGAUAGCUGAAAGAAUCAAAGUAUUUUUUGCUUUAGCACCAGUUUUUUCUGUUGAGCACACAAAAUGCCCUUUAAUUAAAAUGGCAUACAAGCUGAAGUCAGUAAUCAAGGCUUUUUCUGGCAAUAAAGACUUCCUACCUAAGACUUCACUUAACAAUUUUAUUGGUUCAAAACUCUGUUCAUCACAUAGUUUUAAUAAAAUUUGCCUCCACACUUUGUUUAGGAUAUUUGGAUAUGACCCAGACAACUUAAAUAUGAGUCGUUUGGAUGUAUAUUUCUCACAUGACCCAUCAGGAACAUCUGUCCAAAAUAUAUUCCACUGGAGUCAGCUUCUAUAUUCUACUCACUUGAAAGCUUUUGACUGGGGAAGUCCUCAUCUUAACUUGAUUCAUUUCAAUCAGACAACUUCUCCAUGGUACAGCAUAGCAAAUAUGACUGUGCCAACUGCAACCUGGAGUGGUGAGAGGGACUUGUUGGCUGAUCCUGAAGAUGUUAAAAUCUUGCAAUCUGAAAUAAAAAAUCUCAUUUACCAUAAGACUAUUUCUUACUACAACCAUAUAGACUUUUUGUUUGGAUUAGAUGUCUAUCAUCAAGUUUAUUACGAAAUCAUUAAUAUUAUUCAAGAAAAUCUAUAAAGAACCAUGGUACUCUGCAUUUAUAGACCUGUGCUAUUCCUAUUAAAAAUUCAAUUGUAUCUUAUUACUAUGUAAAUUUUCUCAUAUAUUUAAAUAAAAUGUUCAA